AUGGCAGCCCCGACGACUCUUCCGGCUCUGCUGGAGCAACUAAAACAGUCGCUACUAUUAACACAAGAGGCUGCACCAGCUCUUUCUACAAUCGAGCAUCCCAAGGAUGGCAUUUCACUACUCGACGUGAAGAACGAGGUGCUCUUGUCUUAUCUAGAAAACCUGGUCUUCCUCAUUCUACUCAAGAUUCGAAAGUCCAAGAUCUCGUCAGAGACACCUGAAAAUGGCAAACUAGACGAACAAGUCCGGUCAAAACUUGUCGAGUUACGGUUAUACCUCGAAAAGGGUGUGCGCCCACUCGAGGAGAAGCUCAGAUUCUCGAUUGAACGGUUCCUACGCACCGCGGACGAUGCACAACGCGAAGAGCAAGCGAAGCAACAAAAAGGAACCGAGAGAACAGGGUCUGAAAGCGACGAAGACGAAUCGGGCUCUGGGUCUGACGUGGACGAGGAUGAUGAAGAUGAAGAUGAAGAGGCUGAGCAGCAGCAGGCCAAGAGCACUGCGCGAGGAAAAAUGUCCGCCGCUCCCAAGUUCGGUAACUUGGUAGAUGAUGUAACUGCGCGACCUGCGCAAAGAGACGGCGCCCUGUCCGGCGUCUAUCGGCCACCCAAGAGAGAUCGCCAGGUCAUGGACACUGGCGCGCGCAGAGAAAAGGUCGACCGCCGGCCCAACAAAUCACGAACCAUGGAGGAAUUCGUCAAGUCGGAGCUCUCGGCAGCCCCCAUGGCUGAGCCCAGCAUUGGAACCACAAUUCUGCAAGGCGGCCGCAGGAUGAAGACGGCGGCCGACCGGCAAGCGGAGGACGAGCGCCGCGAAUACGAAGAGACCAACUACACGCGCUUGCCAAAAGAGAGCAAAAAGGAGAAGGCCAAGAAGGCCCGCCAAGAGGGAGGCAGCCGUCGCAUGCAAUUUGGUGGUGAGGAGUGGCACGAUUUGGGCGAGGGUGUCGAUCGCAUUGAUCGCCUGACCAAGCGCAAGGACGGCGGCAGAGGCGCCAAUGUCCGCGCGAUGCUGGACAAGAGCCGCAAGCGUGGACGCGACACAACGGAUGGGCCUAGAGGGAGCGGGCAUGAGAUCGGUGAGAGAUUUAAUAAAAAGGUCAAGAUGUUGGAGGCCGGCCGAGGAAAGAGAAAGUAG